AUGGACAGAGGUGCAGAUGGCCAAGGCAUUGGACUCGAUCAACGCGAAAGAAAAGACUUGUCGAAGCAGCCGGCCGCUACGUAUGGUAUUCCAAUUGGGACUUUGUACAGACACAAAGUGACAGGAUUGGUGAGCAAAAAAUUAGGUAGAUUUACCUGUACAUUUCCCUCAGAAUUUGAAAAAGAGUUGGUCAAUCAUGCUAAACUUCUGGAUGAACGAUUCUACGGACUGACUCGAGAAUCUCUUGGAAAACUUGCGUAUCUUUUAGCUGAGGCAAAUCAUAUUAAACAUCCUUUCAAGAAUGAGACUGCCGGUAGAGAUUGGGUUUUCAAAUUCCUAGAACGUCACCCGGAGCUGAGAUUCCGUAAACCAGAACCUACAAGCAUCGCUCGAGCAGCUGGUUUCAAUCGCCAGGCAGUUGACCGCUACUUUGACAAUUUAUUAAGCGUUUAUCGAGCACUUGGGUUUCAUUUAUCUGCUAGCGAUGUGUAUAACAUGGAUGAGACUGGUGUGCAUACGACUUCAAAUAAUCCACCAAAAGUGCUCUCUGUCAAAGGGAGGAAGCAAGUCGGUGUUAUUGCCUCUGCAGAGCGAGGUCAAUUGACUACCAUCAUUGGAUGUGUGAAUGCUGCAGGUGUUUACAUCCCACCCUGUUUCAUAUUUGGACGCAGGAAAAAUGUAACAGAAACCCUUAAAAUAGGUGCGCCCGAAGGCUCAGAAUUUUGGUGCUCGGACUCAGGUUGGAUCAAUAGUGAUCUCUUUUUAAAAUGGAUGAAGUUUUUUAUCUUAAAAUCACACGCAUCGCCAGAAAGUCCAGUUCUUCUUGUCCUUGACAAUCAUGGAUCUCAUGUUAAUCUAGAUGCUGUAGAUCUCGCCAAAAAAUCAGGGGUGCACAUGGUGACGGUGCCUCCACAUACUACCCAUAAACUUCAGGUUUUAGAUGUGGCAGUGUAUAAGCCUUUUAAAAACAAUUUUGAGCUAGCUAUUGAUGAUUUUAUGAAAAACCCUAAAAACGUCGGGGUAAGAAUCGCGCAAAAACAUGUAGCUGGUUUCGUGAAUAUAGCAUACUCUGGCUUGACAGCUCAGAUGGCCAAGAACGGUUUUAAAAAAUGUGGCUUAUACCCGCUCAACAGAAAUAUAUUCAAAGAUGAAGACUUCGCCCCAUCUAAGACAUUCCACAUUCCGGAACAGGAAAACAACGAAGCCAAAGUCCUUGAUUCUAACGAGACUUCAACCAACACUAACUCUAUUGGAGCUGAGGGGGCUAAAGAUAGUGAUUUGCCAAAUGUUACUCCUAAUUUACCAGUAUCUACCGCUCCCAGCUCAAUUGACGAUGAUGAAACUCUCAUCCGCAAUGCGGAAGCCAUAGUUUUGGAUGUCUGUGAGUUACUGGGAGAUGAUUUUUCUGGUCCACUAAAUUUAGAUUUAGAUGUUAUGACAGCUGAUCCUGUAACUCUCGCCACGGAAGCCCUUCGCUCAUUUGAUAUUGAAAUUCCUCCUCUCUCUGAUACUAAGGACGACGGCUUACUUGAAACUACUGAUGUUCCUGUGUCAAGCGCUGUUUCUGAGGCGCCUAAAAGCAACUUCAGCAAUGAAAAUCCUGAAUUGAGCACUCCUUCAAGCUCGAAAGCACCCCCUCCACAAACUCCAAAGUUACUUGUUUCGCCUGCAGAUAUUCUCCCACUACCCAAGAAAACUGAAAACUCUGUCAAAAGAAGGCGAAGCAAUGCCCAAAGAUCAGAAAUUUUAACUAGUUCACCUUUUAAAAAGAUUCUACUAGAAAAAAUUGCUGAAAAAGCUGCCCCAAAGAAGAAGGUCAGGAGAAAUUUGAGUAAGUCUAUGCCUCCAUCCGAAGAAUGUGCUCCAAAGGAGACCGUAAAGAAAGACUUAGUCGUGUCUGCACCUGUCUCCAGAGGAAAAGGGGGUAGGAAGAAAAACAAUCAGCUGAUGAAAGAAAAUCAGCCUCCGCAGGAAAACAACGACACUGAAAAUGAAGAAACGUUCUGUAUUUUCUGCUCAGAAAAGUACGUAGAGCCUCCAACAGAGGACUGGAUUCAGUGUGAAGUCUGCAAAAAAUGGUGCCAUGAGAAAUGUGCUGAUCCUACUGCUCAACAAUAUGUUUGUGAUAUCUGUGCUAACAAAUAG